UGCGAGUCAGACAGUGAGGUUCUCGGCCAAAAGGGCUCCGGACGCCGUAUUCGCCAUCCACUUAAUUUCAUAUAGCCGAGCAUACCCUCCUCCUGCUGCAUCACAUAAAUUUAUUCAACACAGAAACGUAUCCACCACCACCACCAUCGACGUAACGUAAAGUUUUUUGUGGCAAUGCAGCAGCAGCAGCAGCAUCACGUCACGUCCACUAUAUUCAACGACGACUCGAAAAACUGAACUCUUCCAAAAGCCCCAACUGCUUCUUCCUCUCGCCAUCUACAGCAAUAAGACCCCCCCUUCAGCCAAGAACCAACCAAAAUAAAGCAGGAACUCUAGCUUUGAAAAUUCCCGUAGUAGUGGAUUUGCCUUUGUUUCCUUCGCUUCUUGUCGGGAAAAAGGCAUUCUGUUGUGUAGGUUGCUGCUGCAUGAGAAAAAUUCAUCUUUUCAGUGCCAGCCAGGCCAGCCACCAUCCCCACGUUACGUAAAGGCAAAUGCGUAAUACAUAAUAGUACCACUACCACUACCAAACCAACAACAAGACCAACUUGAACAACGCAUGGCAAUAAUUUCGUAUCAACUUUUUUUUACCGAUCAGAUUUGCAUACUGAAUUAGAAAAUCGCGUUUUCGCACUAAAAGAAACGACCGGAGAAAGGUUUCUGGCCUCAAAAAGACAUAGAAGAGUAGGAGGGAAGGAGUCAUUCAAAUGCAAUAUUUACAUGGGCCCUUCUUCGACCUAUUUUUUAAGUUGCAGCUCGCAUUGCAUAAUAAUCACACUGCGGGAGAAGACAUUGUAAAAGAUUUGCAGAAGAAGAAGAAUUAGGUGGAAGGAUGACAAUUAUCGUGUUUCUCAUAGACACUUCGGCGUCUAUGAACCAGAGGGUUUUCCUCGGGGGAAGGCCGACCCUGCUGGACGUGGCGAAAAGUGCGGUGGAGACUUUUGUAAAGGUUCGACAGAGAAGUAUAGAUAGCAGACAAGACCGGUACAUGUUACUAACAUUUGAAGAGCCUCCUACAAAUAUUAAGGCUGGAUGGAAAGAAAAUUUAGCCACGUUCAUGUCAGAACUAAAAAAUUUACAGUCCAAUGGUCUCACUACGCUCGGAAAUGCUCUACGACAUACUUUUGAUGUGUUGAAUGUCAAUCGAAUGCAACAUGGGAUAGAUACUUAUGGUCAAGGAAAAUGCCCUUUUUAUCUGGAACCCUCAAUUAUUGUUUGUAUUACUGAUGGGGGACAGCUUUCUUCAAAUUCUGGUGUUCAAGAAGAGCUAAAAAUGCAUGGCUCAAGUCCAGGAUCAGAAUUGACAAGGGAGCCUUUUCGUUGGGAUCAAAGACUGUUUAGUUUAGUGCUCAGGAUGACUGGGCAGCCUUCAGGGGACAGGGAAAUUGGUCUUGUGCCUUCCGACAACUCUGCCAUUGACGCCAUGUGUGAAGUCACAGGGGGUAGAUCCUAUGCUAUCACGACACAUCGAAUGCUCCAUCAGUGUAUUGAUUCUCUAGUACAAAAAGUGCAAGCUGGUGUAGUUAUUCAGUUUGAAAAAUAUGGUUCCGACCCUCCCUCAAUCGAAGGGAUGAAAACGGACGACGAGUUCUUAGUGAUUGACGAGAAGAACGGCAAUAAAAUUUCUUGGCACAGUUCGAGAAGGAUGAUUUAUGUUCCGAGAUCAAACCAAAAGGGGUUUGCUGGAGGAUUUUGGCCAAUUCCGGAAUCAUACUGGCCUGAUCAGUCAUUACCAACCUUGCCUUCCAGAACUGCUCACCCUUGUGUUAAAUUUAUUUGUCAACCUGCAGAACCACUUGUUGUUGAAAAUUUUCCAUUCGACAAGUACGAGUUGGAGCCUAGUCCUCUUACUCAAUUUAUCAUCGGAAGGAAGCAACCAACUGUUUGUUGGCAGGUUUACAUACAAAACAGUUCUAGAAACAGCCCCAUAGGUUUCCCAUUUGGUUACCUAAAAGCCUCUACGAAUUUAACAACCGUUAAUUUAUUCGUAAUGCCUUACAAUUACCCAGUACUACUUCCUCUAGUUGACGAGUUAUUUCGAGUUCAGAAACUGAAGCCAAAUGGAGAAUGGCGAGCUCAAUUCGCCAUGUAUGUAUCUAGUAUGCCGCCUUAUUAUGCUGGUCCCUUAAAGCGAGCUUUACUCCGAAUGGGUGCAGGAAAUAUUGCGCAGAGUAUUCCUGAAGAGAACUACUUGUCGUAUUCGGUUUUAAAUUACCUGAAGAAGCUGAAAGCCCAAGCUAAAACAGAGUAUGAUCGCACCUGUAAUGAAGUCGCUAUAAAAGUUAAGGCCUCCGAGACUAAACGGGUAGUCACAUCUUUCAAAAAUCCUUUUGAUAUUCCUCGUCAUCAGCUCUUAGAUCAAGUAGCACGCCUUCGCACCUUGUUCCUUCGUCCAAGUCAAACGUCGGCUCUACAGCACGAAUCCUUGCAUAAUCAACCAGUAGGACAGAUGGGAAAUUAUCAAGAAUAUUUGAAACGAAUGCCUAAUCCAUUGCGAGAAUUGGAAUCUGCUCCAGUUCGACAACACAUGUUUGGAAAUCCUUUCAAAAUUGAUAAGCGCAUGAUCAUUGAUGAGGCCGACAUUGACCUUUUGGGACAAGGGAAGCCAACUAAGAAAGAAAAUACCCCAACACCAGCACCAAUUAUUCCGAUGCCGCCAUCUCCCAUUCCAAGAGGACAAAAAAGGAAGGCUGGUCCAUUACCGAAAGACUUUCGAUUCAGGCCUUACAAGAGCCGUCGUACAAAUCAUCAUCAUCGGACUAUAGAGGAUCAAGACACUGACACGGAUAGUUCUCUCAGCUCUGCUCCAUCCAGUCCUAUGAGUCCACUUACAUUGACACCCCCUGCAUCUCCUCACAUGUCCCCGUUAGACUUUGCCGAUGACAAGGAAAAUUCCAUCGGCAUGAAUUCCCUAGAUACUUACUCGUCAUCUGAUAACUCAGGUUUCGGCACUGAUAAUUUAAUAAUAGACGAGUCUCCCCAAAACAAUGAGGACGAGGACGACGACAGUACAGAAACCAUCCCGAUUUCCUCUUUCGGUUCCAUGUUCAACAACAUUAAUGACAUGAAUGAUGUUGAUAACAAUAACGAUAGAGAUGAUGAAAAUGAAUCUACGCCAGAUGAUCAUCAAUAUCCCUAUGAAAUGAAUGGAUCGAGUAAAAAUGAUAAUGACUCGUUCAUCAAGACGAGUUCCUCUCAUAAAAAUAAUAAUAUUAAGAGUAGUAGUAACAAUAAUAACAAUAAUAAUAAUACUACCAGCACCAGCAACAAGAUCACUCUGUUACCUAAUAGCAAUGAAAACGGGGUAAGUAUGACCAUGCCCACUCCAACCAAACCUGCUGUCCCCAUACCAAACCACAUCAAUCACGUCCCCCCCAUCACCACCAGUAAUCAUGUAGGGAACAGUAAUAAACCUAAGAAAGUCAAAGUCACUACGAUUGUCAAUUCAAAAACAAAAUCAACACCAGCAACAGAGCUUCGAAAUUCGACAAAUGAGUUGGAUGACGAUACCACUUUCAAGAAGAAUCUUGACCUCAGGAUACGACUCCAUACAGAAAUAAGGCGCCCAGUCCUACGUCUGGAUCACUUUUUAUCCCAAUUGUCAAACGUCUCAGGAUCCUACGUGACCAAACAGCAUUUCAUAAAAUGUCUAGCUAGGGAAGCACUUCGAUUUAAAAGGAAAAAGUUGGCAAAAGCAUUAGAUCAGCAGGCUGAAAUUCUUGUGCCCUUCUGCAGGCCUUCUGCUUCCUGAUAUUUCGACUUCAUACCAAUCAAUGGUGGUGCUUUUUAAUGUAAUAAUUAUUAUUUAUAACCUUACAUAAUCCAGAUUGCAUUCAAACCACGUUUGACCGAGGUACAAACGCUAAAACUACUCUUUUUUAUUUUUAUUUUUUCGUACCACGUUCCGGAGAUAUUUUAAUAUUCUUCCGACUACGUAGUAGGAUUUAUAUCUCUUGUAUUACUAAGAGUUGAAUUAUUAUAUUAUGUCUUAUUCAUUCAGUGUAGAGAGUCCUUUUCACUGCCGUUCAUUCAUUCAGUGUAGUUCAUUUGCUUAUUAUGUUUAUCGCACUAUUCCCAUUUAAUGUUUAGUUCAAUCCAAUGCCAUUCUUUCUUGUUAUUAAUACUAAAUUACCAGUAAAAACUACAACUUGACUGUAUUUUCUACCUUGUAAUGAAGAAAAGAAAAAGAAAUCCAGAAAUGUGAUAUGAAGAAGUCACACAAAGAAAAAAAAA